CUAACCUAGCUGCGGCCUGCAGAUUUUAGAGUCCGAGAUGAAGCCAUAGCGACUUGGAGAUGCUGGACUUUGGGGUGCCGCUAUGGAAGGUGAUAAGAGAAGAACCAGAGAAGACACUUGGAAAUCAGAUGAACUAAAGAAGCAUCUUAGGGGAUCUCGAUCAAAUAGUCAGUCUGAUGACAGUAGACAUCGAGAGAGAAAACUGCAAGAAAGAGAUGGCCGUGAUAUUGAUGACUACAAAUUUUCUUUGCACAAAGAACCAGACAAGGACAGAGUAAAAUCAAAAGAAAAAACAGGUGAAAAGGCAAGGUUUAAAUCAAGCGAAAAGCAUAGGGAAGAACGGAAAGAGAGAGGAAGAGAAAGAGAUCAUCCUAGAGAACGAGAGAGAGAAAAGGCUAAGGCUACUCACGACAGACACACCAAAGAAGAAAAACAUAGUGCUGGAAAAGGUGGAGAGCAAUACAGUGGAAGAGAAAGAGAGAGGAAGCAUAGGAAAGAUGAUCGUAAUCAUACACAUGUGCAAAAUAUGGUGGACAUUUAUGGGGAAAGGAAUAAAGAACACCACAGAAGACGAGACAGUGAUUAUGGAGAUCAUUCAAAAGCGAGAGGUGAAGAAAAAGAAAGAAGACAUUCAGAGACAAAGAAUGGGGAGGCCAAGAACUUUGUGAGUGAGAUUUCAAAACACAGAGAUGAAGAAUGCGAACACAGACACAAGUCACACAAGGAGCAUGACCCUGACAAAGACAGGAAGAAAAGGCACAGGGAGAGGAAAGAGUGGGAACGCUCGAUGGUGGAAGGAAAAGAGAAGCAGUUGAAAGAAAGAAGUCUUACGGCUGACAAGGAUGGGGAAGAAGGCCACGCACCCAAAGUACAUAAGGAGCGACCCCUUCACGAAGACAGACGUUAUAGAGAGAGCAGUGAAAGGCAACAGAAAGAAAACAGUGACAUGAAGAAAAGAGACCACAAGCAUAGGGAACACAGAAGCCAAGGGAGAAGCUCAAAGCAUGAAGGUGAAACUGACUAUCUACAUGAAAGGAGUUCAAAAGAAAAAAUAAAAAGCCAAGACAAGAGUGAAAAAGAAGACACAAGACAAGAACUGAGAAAGGACAUCGCUAAUCCCUCUGAUUCUGAUGCAGAUUAUGAUAAUUAUUCAGUGAACUACGAGGAAGAUUUCGAGGAUUACGAAGAUGAUUUUGAAGACAUGGGCGAUGAAGAUGAAGUUGAGAGCCAAGGGAAUCGAGAGCGAGAAGAAGAAAAAGAGGCCGAAGAAAAAGUACAGAAAGUUCCUGUACUCAAGAACUCAGAAAUAGAAUUAAUUCAGAAAGCGAUUAAUGCCGAAAAUGAGAGAGUGAAGACCUUCCUCUCUGAGCAAAGGAAGAGUGAAAUUCUUCCUGAAGAAUGUGAAAAGGAUCUUGGAAUGGAAAGACAAGAUUCGCCCAGGAGAAGUCCUGCUUCUGGGAAGUUCAUGGAUUUCCAAACCGCCAAACAUCGCCAAAGUAUCAGAAAGGUUGCCAGUCAGCAGAAGAAACGUAGUUCCGAACUGCAUCGCCUUAUUGAUCUGGACUUUUCAGUCAGCUUCUGUUUGUUGGAUUUGCCUUCAGUGAGUGAAUAUGACAUGUACAUCCGGAACUUUGGGAAAAUAAACACCAAGCAAGCCUAUGCUCAGUGGAAUGAGGAUAAUCUAGAAAGAGAUGUUCAGACUGAAGAAAUAGAGACUCGGGAAAAAUGGACACAGCAUCCAGGAGAAACUGCCAUUGUGUGUGGAGGUUCAAAAAGUGGCAGUGAUGUAUCUGUCCUUACACCAAAGAUUGAUUCCCAAAGACUGGCAAAUUUCUUGCGGUCUGCUGGUCAGGUGAUUGCAGUUUUGCUUGAAGAAGAUCAAGUCGCAACACAGCCCAGACGGAAUCUAAGAUCACGACAGACCAGUCUGUCUAUUAGCGAUAAGUGUUUCCAGUUGAACACCAGUCUUCCUCUCCUGCAAGGUCGAAAAGUUUCCUGCUUACACAUCUCACAAGCUCAGAGGCAGGCAUUGCUUUCUGUGCACGAGUUACCAGAAAAUUCAAGUGAUCUACAAUUGGACGGAAAAUACAUCAUCUGCGUGUGGAAUGUCUGGCAGCCUUUAAAUCCUCAGAAAAUUUUAUGUUGUAGAUCGCAGGUAACAUGCUGCUGCUUUAGUCCCAGUAAGGCUACUUUAGUGUUCGCUGGAACAGUCGAUGGUUUGGUGUUGGUAUGGGAUCUCAGAGAGGACUCCAGGAUGCAUCACUGUAUAAACUUCAAUGAGAUGAACUGGGCAUUUCGAUCGCCAACAUUUUCUACAGAUGGAGUAUUUACAUCAGUAAGCCAUAUGUGUCCCAUACUGACAAUUGAACCUGUAGCAACAACCAUCUUCAAGGAACAGAACUGUGGGCUGUCCUAUCUCUCAUCUCGGGAAGAAAUGUCAGGACUUUCAUUUCAGAUUGCCUCCAUGGAUGAAAAUGGGACACUCAGUCUGUGGGUAGUUGUUGAACUUCAAAAAGAGGAUUUGUCUGGCUCACAAAGGGAUUUAGGCCUAAUUCCCGGGGGGAAAGUAAAGCUGGUUCAUAGCUCUACCAUUCAACUAAAUUGCAGCCAUUCAACAAAAGAUCCCAUGUGCCUGGGGACAUUGCAGCCAUUGAAUAUUAAAUUUCUGCCUUCUAACCCUAACCAUUUCAUUGUGGGCACAGAUCUUGCCGUAGUGAGUCAUGGUACAAGGCAUGAGCUAAGAGCUCCUCCUAAGUUGUUCAAACCGCAGCAAGGGGGGCCGAGAUCUACCCGAGUCACGGCAAUGGACUUCUCCCCUUUUGGAAAGCCACUGUUUUUGGUGGGCUGUUCAGAUGGGAGCAUAAGAUUGCACCAGAUGACUUCUGAGCUUCCGCUCAUUCAAUGGAACGACAGCACGAUGGGGCAGCCCAUAAUCGCCCUCCAGUGGGCUCUGACCAGACCAGCUGUAUUUUUUGUUUUGGAUGCAACAUCUGUGGUUUAUGUUUGGGACCUGCUGGAAAACGAUUUGUCUCCAGUCGCCAAACAACCCACCCAGGCAGAUAGGAUUCUGACUAUGGCUGUUCUGGGUGAGCCUGAAAAACUCAAUGGUCUCCUAGGGAUUGCACUAGCCAAAGAAUCCGGAAUAAUAGAAAUCUGGUACGUAAAGAAGAAAUGGGCCGUCCCUCAGCCGGAGGAAUCUGAGAAACUCCACUUGCUUUUGCAGCAAGCCUUAUAGGAUCCAGACCGAUGCCUUUCUGUGAAUAGGCAGAGAACGGCUACCUGAUUUUAGGUGUAUUUAUUCGUUUUGGGGUAAACAUUGACAAGGCUUGGUCAAAAGAUAGCAUUUUAUAAUGUCUCCCUUUAUUUUUGUUAAUAGUUUGUAUAUAUAUAUUUUUAAAGUGCAGUAUUUCAGCUGGAGAUACAAACUAUUUUUGUCAAACGUGAUAUAUAGAACAAACCUUCAUGAAUUCAUAUCUAAAUGAUAUACAUUGUAUUUAUAGUUCAUUCAAAAAUGUAUUUACUUCCUAUGUACUAUCCAUGAUAAAUGUGUAUAGAUAUUUUGGA